UAAGCCAUGUGCCUCACCACCAACCAACUCCUAUAUUAUUUUUUCUUGUUUUGCUUCGCAUCUUUCACUUCCCUCAUUUCACUUCACUGCCGUUAUUUUUCUACUCAAAAGAAUCUCAAGCAGAGGAAGGGGUUUGUCUUCCAAAUCCAAAUUCUUAACGCAACCACCCUCCGUAUUCAUCUGAAUUUGUCUUCUACGAAAGAGGGUACGAGAGGAGCUUGCAACAGUAAGCCGGGUAGAGCUUACAGCAGGCUUGAAAGCAUAAAAAGUACUGACGAUUGAGGAGUAGGGAAUGGCAAACUAUUACGAUCUGGAUGACAUAAUCAUGGAGGAUGAGCUUGUAUCUGUUGUAUUCCAAGUGGGCGCAAAUGGAGUUGGACUUCUUGAUCCCGGCGCUGAAACAAACAAUAUUCAACAAGGUGCCAAAGUGGAGCUUCCGUUCUGGCUCUCUCAAGAGUUACAAUUGAGACAAGCAGCAUCAAUUAAUCUGCCUGCCUGCUUCAAUCAAAAAACCAGAAAGGAAGUACAGGCUGACGUUGCAUAUGUGAAUCUGAAAAAUCGCUGCCCCUAUUUCUAUGAGUUUGGAUGCAAGGUUGCACCUUUGGUUGGCGAUAGAACCAUUGGGUCGUUUCUCCUGUACGCUUUUAAAGGCAGAUAUAAGGAAGUUUUGAGCAAGGCGCAUAGUGCAGCAUAUUCUGUAGCUCCCAAGUUCUUGCCACUUCUAACGAAAGAAGAAACUCAAUUAUAUGAUGCAGCUCAGUCUUCAAUGACUGCGUACAAGAAAUGGCGGGUUGGUGGGCCCAGGUUCGAGAGAGCCUCAAUUUUGAAGAAGAGAAAAUCGAACGGGUAGAUUCAAGCUCUGACUGUAUGAUUCGUCUUUUCCCCAAGGAAACCAUAGCUGCACUGGUCUGAUCUAGUAGGGUACAAAGAACGCUGAAGAAAUAGAUGGCUUUUUGUUCGCCAGAUCAAUGUAAUGUAGCUUUUACCUUGUAGUCAAGUUAACUAAAAUAGAGAAAAGAUAAUGAUUUUGUAUUCGGUAAGAUUCUUGCAAAUUUUAGCAUUUGUCCUAAGAAUUCAGGAAUCAAAAAUUACAGACAACUUUACAUGCUGUAGGUUCUAAUCUGUUUAAGAUUAAAAUGCUUCUUUCUGUCA